GUAUAUGUUUUAUGAUGAUAUAUAUAUAUAUUGUUGCUGGAUAUGUAUGUUGCAGGCCACAAGUGAGUGAAUUGUAGAGCUGCAGCUGCUUGUGCAAAUUCCAAUCACAGUGAAUUUAAUCGAAACCCACUGCCGAGUUCAUGGCGGCGAUCUUCCUGAUCAGUUACGAGUUUCAAACUCUGCCUUUUACUCUGAACACGGUUUCUUUGUUUCACCAAACCUUCAGAUCAAAGCAGUGCAUAUAAUGCAGGCCACGAGUGAGUGAAUUGUAGAGCUGUAGCUGCUUGUGCAAAUUGCAAUCACAAUGAAUUUAAUCGAAACCCACUGCUGACUUCAUGGCGGAGAGUGAUCGCGAUCAUUCAAGUGAAAUGGAAGCAAGACUCGACGGGAAACAUUAUCGAUGGCUACGUCCGGAGGAAAUAUGUGAUGUUCUUUGAAAUCCUAACGGAGUUACAAUUUCUGAGGAGCCUGCAAUUAUGCCACCAACAUAUAAUCACCAAGCAAGUGAUGGGUUUCCCCCUGUUCUUGGAUUGCAACAUGAUAUUGCUUCUUCUAGUUCCAAUCCAACUAAUUUCCAGCAUUCACAAGCUACGAAUGUGACAAACUUGAAUAGUGCUCAGACAUCAGAACUCGAAACCACUAUAUCAGAUAAUUGGCUCAAGAAUUUACUUACUGACCCUAAUGAUCGGGGAAUCCCCGAGAAUUCAUGUAUUGGGUUACCUGACCCUAGUGGUUGGGGAAUCCUCGAGAAUUCAUUUACUGGGUUACCUGACCCUAGUGAUUGGGGAAUCCCCGAGAAUUCAUGUACUGGGUUACCUGCCUGCACCAACUCGAGAGCCGGCUCGAGUGCUGCGGUGCAGCCAAGUCAUUCAUCUCUUGGAACAAGGCAAUGUGUUGAGGGUGAUGACUUAUUUCUAGAUUCCACUAACUCCAAGGCCACACCCCUUGCAACCAUGGAAGGAGUAGAUGAAGAGGAAGAGGGAAACGAUACAAACCAAUCGUGGAAGAGACUCAAAGUCACUUGUGGCCAGAAGUCGAUUGCUACUUCUGUUGCUCCUGAGUCUAGCACUCCAGCCAUGCUGCAAUCAAGACCAACCUCAGAUGCCAACCAAGAUUUUGAGAAUCAAGAGCAGGAACUCGAGCCUACCUCUAUUGAGCCAGAAAAUGGCAAAAGCAAGGUUGUCGUUCAAAAUGAUUUUGGGUCAGGAAAGAGUCAUGAGUUUUCAGAAGUUGCAGUUUGGGACUCCUAUAAAAGCCUCCUUGAACUUUUAGGCCGAGGGUUUGCACCCAAUACACUGGCCAGCUCCUCCAUUUCUACUCCUGCCACAGACUCGCAAGCCAUAGAAACAAUUAGAACUUUUCUAGAAAUGGACUUUGCUACUAUGGCUGGCAAUGUUAAACAAGCCAACAUGAUUUCACACAUCAAGAGACUCGUAGUUUCUAGUUGGUUUCCCUCUGACAGCAAAACAUGCAUUUUGCCAUUAUUGGAGCAGCUAGAGCAACCUAUUCGAGACUAUUCCGAGUAUGAUAAGGGCAAAAAAUUGAAUGCCCAAGUCGAAGAUAUGAGAAAGCUUCUUGAACUUAAGGUUCCGUUUUGUGAUAGCAAGAUGAGAGACUAUCAAAGACUUGAGAAUGAGAGAAAGCAAAUUGUAGCCAAGCAGGUUGUACUAUGUGCUGAAGUUGGUGGCGCCGUCAAAGAGACUGAACGGAACCAGGCAGAACUCAAUGAAUUGCUCCCACAGCGAGACCAAUUUAAACAAAAUGAGGCUAAACUCAAGACCAGCUUGGUUAUUGGAGCUGGCUACUGGACAAUCUUGAAGAAAGUAAUUUUCAACAACCUUGGUCUGUGACUUCCUUCUUUGGGUUGCAUUUGGGCUGCAGUGUUUUUUUAAUUUUCCUUUUCUUUUUGGUGGUGUAUCUUAACAAAUUCGAUCCAUAAUAUAUCAAAAUGAAGAUUUUUUUUCU